UCUCGCUGGCAGUCAUGCUGGCGGCCAUAGCCAAGGCGGAACCCACGCGCUGGGCAUGGGCGACGGUGGAGAGCAGGGUGAACAGGCUGGUGAUCCAUGACGGCGAGCCGCCGCAGAUGGAAUCCAUCGCGGAAUUGCCGCACGUCCCCGUGGCAUGGGCAAGCUUCAAGGACGAUAUACAUGAGAGUGGCUGGUCUUACCUUCAGGUCGAGUCCAAUCCGUACGUGCCCGACGAAGUGCAAGCAUACGCAGCCGGGGCCCUGGAGGCGUACCUGACUCGACAGCUAAUGGAGAACCAGUGGGAGAACCUGUUCUCACGCUACUGCGAAAACCAGACCCAGUACUGCAGCAGGCUGGAUAAGUUCAUCGUGGAGAACCUCGCGUAUUCGCGCGAACAGGAGCACCGCUUCAAGUACAGCGAUUCUUACUGGAACAUGGUGCACCUACUAAUGAAACAGCUGUCCGGACUAAGCAAUGUCUUCGAGAACGAGACGCUGGACUAUUCCCACGAACCGGAGAAUGCCACGCGAGCAAUCUACUUCAGUCUGGUGGGAGAUCUCUUCGACCUGGAGCUGGCCUUGGAGCGGAAGAAGGACUUCAACUCUAUCGCCCAGAUCCUGGCCUGCUCAGCUCUGGUCAAAGUGGUGGGCGACUUUGAGGACAUCUACAUUUCCCAUGACACCUGGUUCCUGUAUCGUGGAAUGCUGCGUAUACAAAAGAAGUACAUCUUCCCCUGGCACGAAACGGCUCUUCACACCGGCCACAUCAUCCCGGGUCACACGAUCACCAUGUCGUCCUACGCUGGAAAGCUGGUCUCGUGGGACAACUUCUACCUUACGUCGGCGGGACUGGCCAUCACGGAAACGUCAAUCGUGAACGACAACGCAGAUCUGUGGAAGUUUGUGGUGCCAGAGAAUGGUCCUUUUACCUGGGUGAGCGCCGCUGUGGCUAGCCGCCUGGCUACCUCGGGCAUCGAGUGGGCCCGUCUCAUUGGCAGGGAGAACGGCGGAACAUGCAACAGUCAGGUGCUGAUCUUGGAUUACAAGCUCUUCGUUCCUGGGAAACCCAUUGUGGACGGGACGCUUUGGAUUUACGAACAACUUCCGAAGAUGACGAGGUAUGAAGACAUUAGCAGAGCCCUUCGUGACAACAAGUACUGGGCAAGCUAUAAUAUCGCCUAUUUCGAGGAGAUCUUCAACGUCAGCGGACAGCUGCCAAAGGUGCAGCGGUACGGCGACUACUACACAUACGAGAACGCUCCACGUGCCAAAAUCUUCAGGCGGGACCACGUGAAGGUCAAGGACAUGUACUCUAUGAUAAAGCUUAUGAGGUACAACGACUACAAGAAUGACCCGCUCUCGCGCUGCAACUGUGUGCCGCCGUACAACCCAACGUACGCCGUUGGUCCGCGUUACGACCUCCUAGACCCGCACGGGACGUACGACAUACCCGAGAUGUACCCGAGGGCUGUGGGCGGCAUCGAUGUCAAGCUGACCAACUACACGCUGUUCGCGUCUCUGGAGUUCGUCGGCGUCAGUGGGCCCACGUGGGACGACCAACCGCCGUUCCAGUGGAGCACCAGCGGUUUUCUGGACAGUCAUGUCGGCCACCCCGACAAGUGGCAGUUCGGGCCGGUGAUCAGAAAGUGGGCACAGCCCCGAGUCCAGUGGCUCGGCCAGCGGGAGGAGCAUCAUAAGUCCGCAGCGUCUAGCGUGUCGUGGACCGUCUACUUCCCGCUGCUGGGUGCCGCGUCAUCGAUAUGGAAUCGAUAGCUGCCGAUUUCUACUUAGCUGAACUUAACGAAUGAGUAUACCGCUGUCUAUCUUACUAGAACAAAAGGAAGCUUUGUGUCGUAACUCAGCCGGUCGGGGGCAUGCCCAACGCGGCUUGGAGAGCCCCGAAAUGUUUAUACCAAAUAAGCUAGCAUUAUACUACUGCAGUUGUGUUUAACGUUAAAUAUUCGCAUUUGGUCGGUUGUACGCACUACGGUAGCUGACCAUUUACAUGUCUCCGUUACUCAUUAGCCUUUCAAAUAGGUGCGAAUCGGUUAGCCAGUGUUCUAAUAGACAUGUAAGUACCGGAAAAUAUCCCUUUUCAAUGACUGUCUCCAUGACGACGUCGCCAUGAAUGGUUCCGGCUGGACAAGUUCCUCUGCGAUGUCUUCUGUGUCGUAAUUCUCGGCGUGGACCACCUUUAAAAUCAACACAUCUAGAUGCAAUUUGUAUGCCCCACUCUUGAUUGCAUUUCUCCACUCAAGUAACCUUGGAACAAUUAACAAAGGCACCCUGAAGAGGUUUGGACAAUUCCAAGGCACUCCCGUGCUUUUUUUCCAGUGGAAGCCGUGAGCCUGCUGUCUGUCGAUGUCAAUAUUUUGCAUCGUAGGAAACGCACUGGUACGAAGAAACUUUGCACAAUCUGCCGCACAAAUAUCCCAUGGUAGGGAAUACUAAUUCUGAUAUAGAAAAUAAAGAAAAAUGAAGUUUCCAGUAAAUAUAGGACACUAGAUCCGUGUCACACGGACAUGAGGGCUUGCAGAGCGAGGCCCGUGUCGAGAUCAAGAAAAGCGUCAGGCGGCGGUUGAAGAAGUGCGCUGCAAAGUCGCCUGUACCACAUUUUGCUGGAAGAUUUCAUAGCUUCGAAGCUUGCGGCUUCCACGGAUUACAACUCAUAUUGACGACGCGUCGUUCCAGACUCGUCAGCGCGUUUAAAUCAGUGCGAAUAACCGAAGAGUUUGGCAGGGCGCAGACCUGAUGGUUAAUCGUAGUUACUGAACAUUCAUAGCUAUAAUUGUCCACCUUUAUUGGACUGAACAAACCACAUCCGUUCUCUAUCUUUUUUUUCCUUCUUUUUCGAAUGAAUAAUAAGAACUUUCUCAUCCACACUGGUGUAUUUGGUUUGCCGCAUUUUAGCGCACUAAUGGCAACAUCCUACAGGAACGCAAAGAACAUCUUCGGACACACUACGCGCAAUAAGCUAAAAAUUUGUGUACGUCGAGGGAUGAGUUGCACCCUGCUUGUUCAUUGUAACACCCUUAGAUUAAAGCGCUUCUGAAAGCCGAAAGGAACAGGUGCCAUACGUUCGUAUACUGGACACAGUAGCGCAUAUACGCAGCACAGCGUGAAAGAAACAGGAUUGGACAUUCACACCCUUUCAACUGGCCUAUUUUCUCACUCGGAUCUGAUAGGUAUUCUCUUCAUGCGCGUGCCUGUAGUGUCAAAGUACAUAUCACGGCAAGAUAUCAAAGAAGUGAACUGUUCCUGAAACAACAGUCAUGUGUAUAAAGCGAUCUGUGCCCUCUUUUCUGUUUUGUCGUGCUUGUGCUGGUCCACUCCUGUCCGUCUCUUUCCUUAUGCCUCGAUAAAUAAGUUGA